AUGGCUUCGCCCGCCAUUCCAGCAUCUGAUCUCCGUUCAUUUUCAGAGUACUUGAAAGGAUGCAAACGUAUUCUUGCUCUGCUAGGUGCGGGGAUUUCGGCCUCUUCUGGUCUGCCAACUUUCAGAGGGGCGGGGGGUCUCUGGAGAUCUCAUGAUGCCACCGACUUGGCUACGCCAGAAGCUUUCGAAGCGAACCCAGACCUGGUGUGGCAGUUUUACAGCUACCGGAGACAUAUGGCUCUGAAGGCCAACCCAAACCGUGCUCAUUAUGCGCUGGCCGAGCUCGCCAGAAGGAAUAAUGAUUUCAUUACGCUGACCCAAAAUGUUGACGGUCUGUCGCAGCGUGCAAACCACCCCUCGAAACAGCUUCAUCUUCUGCAUGGAUCUCUCUUCACUGUUAAAUGCACCUCCUUCUACUGCAACUACUCGCGUGAGAACGACUUCACGGACCCCAUCGUUCCGGCUUUGGCUAUUCCGAAGGGAGGGCCAGAUCUCAACCCUUCUACGGAAGAUAAAACAGGCGCGGCCGCCUCUAAAUCUUUAUCCAAUGUUCUAGGAGGAGGGGAGGGGCUAGAGGCAGACAUAUCUGACGAAAGCGUUCCGCUUCCAGCGCUAAGUCUCGAUGUACUUCCACAUUGCCCGCAGUGCAAAGAUGGUAUCCUUCGACCCGGGGUUGUGUGGUUUGGGGAGAGCUUGCCGUUGCACACUCUGGAUAUGGUGGAUAGCUGGAUGCGUUCCGGUCCUAUCGACCUGAUACUGGUGGUUGGCACAAGCUCACAAGUAUACCCUGCUGCGGGAUAUGUCGAUAAGGCCCGUGAUCGUGGUGCCAGAGUUGCAGUUGUUAAUAUGGAUCGGAAUGAUGUUGGGGCCUCUGGGUUGGGACCAAACGAUUGGUUCUUCCAGGGUGAUGCCGGUGUCAUUGUUCCUGAGAUUUUGAAGGGCGUUAUUGGGGAGAUUUGA